GUGAGUGUUUGUAAACGACCUUACGGGUUUUCCUAAACAUCGCUGCUUAAGCGAACUAUGUUUUGGAGAAACCGAGCUAACGCCAGUUAGCCAGCUAACAUUACCUCAGGGUCGUCCAUGCAUCUAAAACGUGUUUUCACUUGUCGUCCUGAUGUGAACAGUUCUCAGGGCUGCGCUGGUGCGAACAGACUGUGCUUGAUUGACAUCCUCAUCGUAACGCCUAUGUGGCCUGCAGCAACGGACGAGGGCAACGGUUCCCCGGGUGUGCCUCCCGGUCACUGCCGCUGAUCGAUGUUUGACACCAGAGGCCGCCGGCGAGCCGCGACGCGCGCACGCCUCCGGGCGAACGUGAACGGUGAGUCAAUGCCCCACCGUAGUGUCUUACCGACUGUGUAGAGGCCCCUGCCGGCUGUAGCGGCGCCACGGUCGCAGCGAACGCACGCAGACCGCCCGUGACACUGACGCCGAUGUGAGAAGCCGGACUAGCGGCUCAGCACGUGAGCGAGAGAAGUGCGGAGAGGGAUUCUCACGUGAAUCCCAUUGAUCAUUGAUCCCACAGUGAACAUCACCGGUGCGGGCAUGACUGCUGAUCGGGACUGAUUGAGGGGGAAAAAAAAAAAAAAAAAAACAUUCACUCAUGUCACAACUGGUAACAUUACCUGCAGUUGCGUUGAAUUCCUGUUUUCACCUGCGCUCUCUUCAUGUCACAGAGCUGCGGCAGACUUCUGCUGGCUUCUGCACUGUGUGUUGAUCAUUGGAAUCGGCUGCCUGUCACGAUUAGCGUUAUUAUCAAACAGGGUGGCUACGACAAGCCUGAGAGCUGCAUGUCAUGGCGUUUUGUUUUGUUUGUUUGUUUUGUUCUUGAGCGACAGUGGCCUAUAUAAAAAUACAAAUUAUGCAUAUGAUUAUCUUGAUUUAUUUCCGUUCACAUGUCAUCACGAGCUGCACAUCGCCGUGCGGUUUCGAAGUGAAAGUGUCUCGGCGUGUUGUGAUGUUGAGGACGGGAGCCUCUGGUGAAAUGGUCAACGGCAACGAGGGCGCACAGAUUCCCCGCCUCGGCUACGAGUAGACGACCUCCUACCGACUUACUUCACGUCACCCCGCCCGUCUGCUUAACGUCUCCUCCUCAAAACCUUUGCUGCGACCAUCCCCUUUGAGCGACUCUGGGCUGAGGAGGAAAAAAAGAAAAAGAGGAAAGACAGACCGCGAGAGACAGAGGGAGAAAGUGAGAGAGCCUAAAUACAUGCACACUCCCAACAUCACCUAGACUACCUGCUCCAGCACAACGAGGGGAGGAGGACGCACAAGUGCAGGCGCGUCCAUGCGUGCCAGCCGAACAAGACAAUAGGAGCACGGAUCCAAAACUGGAAUAAGAGUUUAUCUUCAGAACUCUUUGGAGAAGAGACCACAGCUCUGCUACGAGAAGAACACAGCCUAAAUGAGUACAUUGUAAGAAGAGUCAUGCAUCUCAACAGAGAAGAAGAUAACAGCAAAGGCUCAGUGUCUCUCAGUGUAUUCCUGGUGUCUGUUGCGUUCGUAGUAUGUGCCAUUUGGCUGGUAGCUCUAUGUGGCGUCUGCACCUGGUGUCAACGUAAACUGGGAAAGAGGAAUAAGCCUGGGGUGGAGGCGGCCAGCUCUCCAGAUUCUGUGCGAGGUCGAGGGGAAAAUAAAGCCAUCAAUGAUCUAGACAGAGACUUUUGGAAUAACAAUGACAGCAGCAACGUGCAACAGCGGUGGAGCUCCUACCCGCCCAAGGAGUUCCUCUUAAACAUGUCUCCCUAUGCUCCCUACGGAGACCCUCGCCUCACGCCAAAUUUCGGGGACACUUCCCUCUCGUCCGCUUCCACCCUGGAGCACAUCCCGUCCUCGGCUGUGGCACGCCCUCGGCCCCUGGUCCGGCAGCAGAGCCUCCAACAGCCCCUCACUCACCAGCCCCCUCCGGGUCCCAACGACCCCCCAGUCACCUCACAGAGCCUGGGCCAGCUACACACGGGCCCAGGCGGCGGGGGCCACCGUGGGGGCCCACGGGGGGUCCGGGGGAGUCCGGCUGGAGCCUCCCGGUACAGAGGAGUAGGGGCAGGCCGAUCGAGGUCAAAUCCAGGCAGCUGGGAUCACAUGAUGGAGCAGAUCCGCAACAGAGGACUGGAUGUCAAGUCGUUCCUUGAGGGGAAGAUGGUUGUUCUGUCUCUAGCAAUCGGGCUGGCUGAACAGGAUGACUUUGCCAACCUCCCAGAUCUACAGGAAGCACCAGCGAGCAAAGAAAAUGAAACCACACCAGAAAAGAGAACUCCGGGUAACAAACCAGGCAGUAGCCCAAGGGGUCAGACACCAGAUGAGACCGGACGCCGCCAGGGGCCAAGCCACGAUGCCAACUCCUCUGUUUCUGACUUGGCCAACUCAGUCACCAGUGACAUGCUUAUGUUGUCUCCAGGUUCGGAGGAAGAUGAACAUGAGGGUCCAGUGUGUGAGAAGCUGGGUCGUAUUCAGUUUAGUGUCGGAUACAGUUUUCAGGACUCCACACUAACUGUCAAAAUUCUGAAGGGCCAGGAUUUGCCUGCUAAGGACUUUUCCGGCACCUCUGAUCCGUUUGUCAAACUCUACCUGCUGCCGGACAAGAAGCACAAAUUGGAGACCAAAGUGAAGAGGAAGAAUCUAAACCCCCACUGGAAUGAGACCUUCCUGUUUGAAGGGUUCCCCUAUGAGAAGGUGGUCCAGAGGACUCUAUACCUGCAGGUUCUCGACUACGACCGCUUCAGCAGGAAUGACCCCAUAGGAGAGGUGUCCAUCCCCCUCAACAAACUGGACCUGGCCAACAUGCAGACUUUCUGGAAGGAGCUGAAACCAUGUAGCGAUGGCAGCGGGAGUCGAGGGGAUCUGCUGGUGUCUCUGUGCUACAACCCCACAGCCAACACCAUCACUGUGAGCAUCAUCAAAGCCCGCAACCUCAAAGCCAUGGACAUUGGAGGCACUUCUGACCCCUAUGUAAAAGUGUGGUUGAUGCACAAAGACAAGCGUGUGGAAAAGAAGAAGACAGUGGUAAUGAAGCGCUGUCUGAACCCUGUUUUCAACGAGUCCUUCCCCUUUGACGUGCCUGCCCACGUGCUGAGGGAGACUACCAUAAUUAUCACCGUCAUGGACAAGGACAGGCUGAGUCGCAAUGAUGUCAUUGGAAAGAUUUAUCUUUCAUGGAAGAGUGGCCCUGCAGAGGUAAAACACUGGAAAGACAUGAUGGGUCAUCCUCGUACUGCCGUGGCCCAGUGGCACGCUCUCAAGGCCUGAGGGACCCAGCGACCAACCUGCCUACAGUGUUUUUCCCCUCAGAAUUCAGCAUCAGCCGCUCAGCCCCUGCCCUCAGCACAUAUCCACUACUUCCUAACUGCAGUCUUGGGCUGCAGGAAACUGUCUGUCAUCUCUUUGUUCUCAGGCCUCUUUGAUAUCCCCUGCCCUCAGUCCUUGUGACACUAUCUUUAAAUUUCACCGUUGUCAAGAUCUUUUUCCCCACCUGACCCCCUCUCAUCCCUUUGUCUGGACUUAAUGUCUUUGAUGUCUUUACUCACUUUCUCCUUUUGCCCUCUUUCUAUGAGAUUUGCUUUUUUUUUUUUGCAAGAUAUCCCUUAGUCUUUCAUCCACCUCGUCAACCACCCUCAGUGUUUAACAUCAGAGCAGUACCUCUUGCCACCCAUGAAUACAAACUACCAACCAAAAAUGGAUCAAACUGAUAUUCCAACCAUCCUCCAUGGCGGGAAGGCAGGCUGCAUUCAAACAUGCACAUGAGUGUGAAUGACGCUGACCUGUGCAACCCAUUUACCACCCACAUCUGUUGUUGCAGUGAGGAAUCUUCCACUCUCCUCCUGUUAAGUCCACUUCUGUUACCGUCACUAAUCCUGCAUACCCUUAAAAUGCCUGAAAAAUCAGGAAAACCAAUGCAGGCAAUGGAAGAGUGAUGGCCUGUAUUUAAAAUGAACUGGAACUGGACCAUGUCACUCAACUCAAUCUUGAUCUUUUUCACUUUUCACUCUUUCUCUGGCACCACUGUAAUAAUUCUCCCUUGGCUGGAACCCUUUGUUGUCUGUGCGUGCUGUGGGUGAUGUGCUGUAACCCCAAAUGAAAUUCUUCAACAACAACAAAAAAAAAAAAA